AUGGGACCUGUCUUUACACAUUUUCCCGCACUUCAUCUACGACGCGACCUUCCAGUUUUUCCUCUUAACUACAACAUUCAUCCUCCCAUUCAGAGGAACUUUCAUACUCCAAAUCAUCUCAAGCUCUACACUUUAUACUACGCUCUUCACCCGUUGCACCCUAUGCCAGGUCCAAUUAGAUCGAAAGGAAAAGGUCGCGUAACGAAUGAUGAAGACGUCAAGCCCCCCCGCCCCCCCAACGCCUGGAUCCUCUAUCGCUCCGAUAAGAUAAAGGAGCUACCACCAGCAGAACCUGGUCAACGGAGCAGAGCACAGGCCGACGUUUCAAAACUUGUUUCUGACAUGUGGCGAAAGGAGUCAGAUGCAGUUAAAUUAGAGUAUGAGCGGCUCGCAGACGCGAAGAAGGCGGAGCACCAGCGUAAAUACCCUGAUUAUAGGUUCCAACCGAUGAAGAAGGAGGAGAAGGAACGCAUCAGGGAAGAAAAAAAGCAGCUCAAGGAACGCGCUCGCGAGAGGAAGAAAACUCGCGGUCGCGCAGACGUAGUCGCCGGGCCCUCACAGGAGCAACACGAUGCAGUUGUACCACAGCCAAUGCAAGAGCCCGACCCACAACAAGGCAUGCCAGCGAUGGCAUAUGCACCUCCUUACCCUCUCCCCGGUGUCAUGCCUGUCCAGAACCUCCCCUCUCACAUGCCUUAUCACAAUUACACCUUCCUCGACCCGGAAAUGCAGUUUGGACUCACAGGUUCAUCACCACCGUUGUCAGCUAUGUCAUCGCCGAACCCGUCGUCUAACUCUGAUUUUUCAUCCCUCUCGGAUGAACUUCUAUUGCGGUUAGAUGAGCUACCUCCAGUACGUAUAUCUCCCGCCCCAUAUGCGCAACCCACACAGCAGCCUUACGGUGGUCUUCCUCCGUUCUUCCAGGCAUUCCCCCCUCCCCAUAACUCGUACAAUAUGGAGUCUGCGCCUAUGCAGCAACCGCAGGGUAGCUAUGGUCAAUGGCAAGCUCCACAAGAUCACAUCGUAUCGCAGCCGUCUGGUUCUGUAGCUGCCCAACAACCUGCUUCCGGAUGGGAUGAUUUUGACGCAUCAAAGGUAACUUGUGACUACCAGCCGCAGGAUUUCUUGAACUUCGACCUUGCGGCUGCUAACAAUUUGGGGACAAUGCACGAGCUCGAAAGCUCACUUCAGGACAUGAUGUCAUCUCCUGACCAGAACGGUGUCUUCGACGUUACAAAGAUCAACCCUGGAGAUGUCCCUGUUCAGCCUGAGGGCGACUUCGAAGUUGACAUGGCCCCAAACCCUGACGCGCAGUCACAGGAAUUUGAAAACUAUUACAAUAGUUUCGAUAUCGGGGCGGUACUUGCUGCAUCGUCACACGAACACGAACCCACCACCGUGAAUCCUUCCGCCACCGUGAACCCCACAGACACUUUUAUCGACCCAAAGCUUUCGGUGGACGACUUCGCAUCGUUCUUCAAGCUUAACCCUGAUAUUCAGGCUUAUAUGGCAGCGCAGCAACGUCAACGUCAGCCGAGUGCAUUCACGCGCGACAUGAUGCAGUUCAUCAACUUCGACGCGGGUGAGGGUGGACCGCAAAACGCUGCGGUGCCGCAGGUGGGCGCCCCUCCCCCUCCGCCACUACAAGGACAAGUGCCAAUCUUCACACAGAUGACGAACACCGCUGCUGUACCACAAUCCGGCUAUGUUCCCCCUGCUGGUGCAGCAUAUUCGUCAACACGGCGGGUUGGUGCGAGUUGGAAGCCGUCUUAUGUCAUUCCUGACGAUUCUGUCAUCGACCCUGCUCUAUUCUAUUGA